UCGAGUAUAACUUUCAGGCGCUUUAGUGAGUUGUUAGAAAUGGAUUGGAAGACUUAUAUUUCGCCUUUUCUGUCCAUUUUCUUGACCCUUUUUCAGUUUACUAUCUCAGAAUUAACACCGGAAGAAUGCAGAGACUUAGGAUUUUCAGUGAAUCUCAUCUGUAGUUCGUGUGACGAGUUAAAACCUUUUAAUCUCACGUCUGAACUUUCGCUAGAACAGAAUUGCCGAAAAUGUUGUCAAGCUGAUGGUCAGGAAGAAGCCACAAAGACUACCCUAGUUAGGUGUCCUCAGCAACAUCCAAGCAUGAUCACACAGGUACCCCAAGUAACAGCCUUUGUCCGUAGUGACAGGCCUGCAAAGUUCCCUAAUCUUAGGAUAAACUUUGUGCGAGGGGCCGAUCCCGUUCUAAAACUUCAUGAUGAGAGUAAUGAGGUGAAAGAAGUUCUAAGCAUUGAAAAGUGGAACACUGACAGUGUGGAAGAAUUUCUGAAUGAGAGACUUGCAAAAUAAAAUUAUUUAGUUAUUAUCAAAAUAUAUAAUUAGAAGAAACUUUGCACAUUAUAAUGAAAACUUCAUGUAAAACCAUGAUGGUGUGUGAAGUUGGAGGACAUUUUGUGCCAAGGACUUCUGUACUUGUUUAAAGUUGUUGGAUUUUAAAAAAAAAGUAGAGAAAACUAUAAAACCAGGAAAUGUGUAUUGUUUCAGAAGUGUGCAAACAGCAGCAGCUGGUGUCUAAAUACAUGGCAUUGAAGUGCCAUGGAAAUCUUUACAUUAGGGAAUAAAAGUAUUAAGGAAAGUGGUUCCAGAAAUGUUGAUUAGCCUUGCUUUAAAUUGUUGUUAAAAUGGUUUCUGUGCUUUUCAAUAGCAUGCAAACUUUUAAGCUUGGGGCUACAUCAGUAACAAUUUUUUUUAAAACAACCUUCAAUUAAAUUGUGGACUUUGCAGCAAACAGAUACAAUAUUUAAAAAGGCUAAAAAAGUGGUGAAAGAAUUUAGAUCCAUUUAGUUAUUUUGUCUUUCAAUGACUGUUACAGUAUUUAUAGAUGACAGUAUGAAUUUCAAAGGAAACUGAAAGAUGAGUGUAGUCCUUAGUCUCAGAGUUUACAUGUUCUUGAAAGGCACUGUAAUCUUAAAAGAUGAACUUGUGCAAGAAAGAUGACUAGUAAGCAACCACUGGCAUGCUAAAAUCCACAUUCCUCUUACAACAUAGAAAAGUGGGAAUGUGGUGAAAGGUAACAACAAAUUUUCACAUAAUUACAUCUUUUACUGAAAUAGUGACUGAAUUUAUUCUCUGUUUUCAUGAUGACUUUACAGUAAACUAGGUACAAGUUUGUAAGGUUGGAGGAUUUGAACAGAAGGAUUUUAAUGUUGCAUGCAUCUUUCCUCAAUAGUCUGUUAGAUAUCUUGUUCGGGCAACUCACUUGCUGACUCUUCUUUUAAAUGCUAUGUUCUAAUAAAAACACUGUUUCUUGA